AUGCGUGGUAACCUGCUCAUUUUUUUCCUUACCUGGCUGCUGUCUCUUUCCAGUUAUGCCAGUGGGGAUGAUAAAAUUCCUGGGGACAAUAGGGUAGCCCACGUCUUUGAGCGCAUAUGGCUGUGGGAGAUGUACGAAUUCUUCUGUGAUGCUGACACUGCCUCCGCGCAGCAAAAGCUCUUCCCUCACUACAACGAAGACGGUGACCCAUUGGAUCGAAACAUCGGUAGAAAAGGGGAUAAAAGGCUCGACUACGCACGGUUCCAGAAGCGACUACAGGAAGGAGGACACUCCAGGGCCAGCCCACCGCCCACGAUAGACUCCCCAGCGAAUGGAGACCCUUUCAAAUCAGCCAAGCAGCUCCUAGACCUAGGGUGGUCUAAUAUAUUCGAUUCGAAAGAGGUAGAUCCUACGCUCCCAUAUGAAAAGAGUUUUGAUCCUCGGAACUACCCGGAACUCAUAGACAAGACUGAGCAGCAUUAUUCAUGGCUUCGCUUGGGAUUUGCGAAGGAUCCAUAUGGCGAUAUAGACAAUCCAGACCGUAUCAAGCGCAUUGCGGACAUUGCCGAAACGAUCGUGAUAGCUCGCAAACAGGAUAGAUUUCAAUACAUCACUGAUUCUGUCACUGUGCCGAGGAAGAAUGGAGGACUCGGAUUGGAGAAGGUGGUAACUACAAAACAUCAGACGGCGCUGAAGUAUAACGGCAUGCCGCUAGGACCUGCAGUGUACGAGAAGCCAGACUGGAAAGAGACAUACUUGGCAAAUUGCAUAAAGGGAGACAAAAAUAGGCCAGGCCCAAAGUUAAAGGCCCUGGGGGUAGGAAAAUAUAAUGAACUUGUCGAUGAAUUUAUAAAAUUUGGCAAGGCUACAGACGAGGGAUCCACUAAGUCAGACAAGAGCCAUCGUCAUGUGCUUGCGAACUGGAGUGAAGUUAGUGCAAAAGCCAAAAUGACAAUCGAGGAACUAAAGGGAUGCUAG